AUGGACAAGGCCAUGAGAUGCCUAGCUUUGUUACUUUUCCUUGUGGCACCACCGUGUUGCUUGGCCAGUCCGCCACCACCGCCUUCGCCAUCUACUCCGGUAGCUAGCUGGAAGCAUGUCCUCCACAUCAUAGACAAAGAUCUUAAAGAUCUCAAAUUUUGGUGUGAAGCUCUAGAUGAUCUUCUUGAUGAUUAUACGCUUCAACCGGGCCAGAAAAUUAAACUUGUUGUAGCUACCAAUAGUUUAUACGACUGCCGUUUCAAAUGGCAAUCAAGAGAAAAAAUGGUUUAUGUUUUCGAUGAUGGUUUGAUUAGUCAUUGUGUUGGGGGCUUUGUUAAAGAUUGUACGUGGGAGGCAAGAACCGAUGGUUUUUGGUUUUAUGACAACAAGAAACAUUGGAUUAAAAAGGAUCACUGGUAG